GCGAACCACCGGAACUCAACUGAGACACCAAAGCCCCUCCUCUCCUCUGAUUCUGAACUGCUCCACCUCCCCAAUCUUCAUCAUGUCGACGGCGGCUGCAUCCCGGCCCAGCAGCCCUGUGCUUCUGAGCCCCUUUCCCAACUACCAAUCCGCCUCGCUCUCCCGUGUCAAGCUCUCGGUCGCCGGCUCGCCGGCCAAGUCCUUCAGCGUCUCGUCUCCCCCCUCCUCCCCCACCGCAGCUCCCAAGAUCCGUCGGUCCUGCAUGUGCUCCCCGACGAACCACCCCGGCUCGUUCCGCUGCAGCCUCCACAAGGAGCGAAAGCAGGAGGCCCCGGCCGCCGGCAGCUGCAGCAAGCACACGGCCAGUACGUGCGCGCAGCUCGUCCCAAGCGGCAGCGGCAGCGGCUGCUCUAAACGCUCGUACAGCGGACUGGCGCAGCGCAUCCCCAUGGGGAGCGGGCACUGGGCACGCAAGGCGCUCGUGCCAUCCCACGCGGUGCAGCAGCUGCAGCACCGGAAGCGAGUGGUGGAGCGGUUCCACGCCGGGGCUAGUCGGCUCUCCGUCGCCUCCAUGGCCGGCCGCAGCAACCAGUAAAAACAACAACAUCGUCGACAUGCCAUAGCAGCAAGAUACCAGUACAUAAUGAACAUACUGCACAUAGGAAAGAAAUUCCCCGAAUAAUUCCGUUCGAUGUAUAGAAGGAAGAUAGGUGGGGGAUUAGGCCGGCCCAGAAGAUUAGAGUUUUAAGACCCAAUUCGAUUCCAGGCUGGUCAAUUAGCUAGCUAUAGUAAAUACUGUACAUACAGUGAGCCACCUCUUCUCCGUUCCCCUGCACAUAGAGUGAGUUCGUCGUCUCUGCUCCACUUGUACAUAGAGUGAGCUCGCGUCCUCUCUGCCCGCUGUGUAUAACUCCCUGAGUUUGGUUUUGGAUAUACAUCAAUGCAACGAGUGACAAAUUGGAGAGAAAUA